UCGGAUUCACUACCGUGCCUAAAGAAGUUUCACUUCAAAAAGCAAAUAUUAAUGUUAAGGAUAAUGAGAAUAGAACACCUCUAGAAUUAGCAGUGGCACAUGGUCAUUUAAGAAGUGGUUAAAAUGUUACUACUGCAGAACUACGAAGAAAUAGAUAUAAAUGCUAAAGGUAACAAUGAUUGGACGAUAUUGCAUAUUGCUUCACAAAGAAAUAACUUAGAGAUGGUAGAAUAUCUAGUAGAUGAUAAAGGAUCUGAUGUUAAUGUUAAAAUAGCCUUUGGUUUAAAACCUAUACACAUUGCAGCAAGAGAAGGUUGUAAAGAUACUUUAGAGUUUUUCAUUAGUAAAGGGUUAAGUAUUAAGUUCAUUAAUAAUAAACUUGAUGCAGAUAAUUGGACAUUACUACACUAUGCAGCAUCGAAAGGUCAAUUAGAAGUUGCAAAGUAUUUGAUAGCACAAGGCGUUGAUGUUAAUGCUAAAGAUGUUAAUCGCUUCACUCCGAUGCAUAUUGCUGCUAAACUCGGUUAUAAAGACUUUAUUCAAAUUUUAUUAAAAAAUGGAGCAGUUUAUAACGCUGUUGACCAUACUUGUAAAAAACCACUAAAAAUGUCUAAUGACGAAAACGUUAUCAACUUAUUAGAAUCAACUGAGAAAUUGUUCGAGGCUGUAAAACGUAAUGGCUCUUCAGAUGUUGAGAAUUACAUUAAAGCAGGGGCGGUCGUUAACGCCAAAAAUGUUAAUGGAACAUCAUUACAUUAUGCUGCGUGGAAAGGCUAUAACAGUAUUGUCAAUAUUCUAUUACAAAAUAAAGCUGAUUCUAAUGCAGUUGGUAAGAAGGGAUAUACACCUCUGCAUUAUGCUGCUAAGUUCUCUCACUUGGAAAUUGUAAAGCUCCUAUUAUCUAAUGGUGCAGUAUAUAAUGCAGUUUCUGAUGGUGGUAAAACACCAUUAGAUUUUACUACAAAUAAAAAUAUAACUAGCUUAUUUAAAUUAUUGAGUGACUCAUUUAAAAAUAUUAAAAAUAAUAAUUUUCAAGUUGUUAAUGAUCUUAACAAGAUAAAGGAUAUCGAUACAGUAAAAGCAAUAAUGAAUGCUUGUAAUAAAGAAAACAGAACGCUAGUAGUUGCUGUAGUGCAUAAUAACUUUUCAAAAGUCGAACAGUUGAAAGAGGUAUCACAAAGUGAUGUAUCCGCUCAGCUUAAUGUAGGUUUAGUGCUUAUGAAUCAAGGCGAUUAUCAAAGAGCAUUAUGUAUUUUCAAAAGCGUAUUUAAAAAAAGAAAAGAAAUACUAGGAUCAGAUAAUCCUGGCACUUUAGAUAUUCAGAUAUAUAUAGGUAAAAUAUCAUACGCACAAGGAGCUUACCAAGAUGCUUUAAAUACAUUUGAAGAAAUUUUCCAGAAACAAAAAGAAAUGUUGGGUUUGAAUGAUAAGAGUACUUUAAGUACAAAAAGUACAAUUGCUUUAGUGCUGCAUAGACAGGGAAGGAAUGAAGAAGCUUUUAAUAUUUAUCAAGAAGUUUGCCAGAAGCAAGAGGAAAUACUAGGGCCAAAUCAUUUAGAUACUUUAAAAACUUACUUUCACAUGGCAAUGGUAUUAGAGGAACAAGGCAAACACGAAGAAGCGUUAAAUAUCAAUAGAACAGUUUUUGAAAAAAGUAAAACAAUAUUAAGUGCAGAUGACCCAACAGAGUUUUGUGUAUUCAAGAAGACAUAGCGAUGGUACUGGCUAACCAGGGUGAGCUUGAAAAGGCAUUGACAAUUUAUAAAGAUGUUUACGAGAGGAAGAAAGUGGUUUUAGGUAUUGAUCAUGUGAGAACUUUGGAGACGUUACGUAACAUUGCUGUAAUACACGAAAAACAAAAAAAUUAUUAUGAAGCACUGACGACUAUUCAAAAAGUUUUAGAUGAAAGGAAAAAAAUUUUGGGAGAAAAUCACCGUGAAACCUUGAAUACUCAACACUGUAUUGCAAAUGUACUUCUUUUUGAAUUUAAGAUGCACUUAGAGCCUAUACAGAAUGUUUUGAUCAAAUAAAAGAUAUUUUUGGACCAAGUCAUCCCACUGUUUUGGAUAUUUUGAACAAGAUAGAAUAUAUUAAUUAUAUAUUUAAGUUUACAGGCAUCGAGCCGCGAGAUAUUCUACUGUAUCUGCAGAAGGACAUUACAACAUUCAAUGUCAUUAAUGAAAAUAACGAAACGUUAAAAUGUGACAUUUCACCGAUGAAAACAGCAAUUACCACUGCUAUGAUUGCUCAAGAUAUGGAGCAGGAUGAUGAUUGUACAUAUAUUGGUACAAGCUACAAGCGAGAUAUAACCAAAGAAGAUAAGGCAAGACAAAUAAUAAAUUUAAAUGAAGUUAUUAUACCUAUUUCCAUUGUGAGACAGAAUGUCUUGUCUGGCAACGAACUAACGGACGAAUCAAUAGAUGAAUUUUUACGCAUUGUGAGACAAAUUACUCUUUUUGAAACGCAAAGUGUACACUAUCAAGGAUUGCCUAAUUAUAUUGACGCUAGUAAGAGCGACAAAAACUUACAAAUAAUUGGAGGAAAAAAUCAAUACUCUGCAGAGGGAAUUGAACACUGGCGAUGUAUAUUUUGUAAUGGCACGAAACUAUUCGUAUAUC